UUCACAAACGCACCUCGACUCGACCCUCCACUCGAAAUGCUCCUUGAGGGCGGCUUUUCAUUUCACAAAUCGCCCUCCACUCGAAACGCGCCUUGAGUGAAGGAAAGCUCGAGCGUUUUACUCGAGAAUCUCAAGGUAGCCCCGCAGCUACCUUGAAUCGCUCCUUCACUCGAGUGUUAUGGCGGACCACGCUUCGUUUGUGGAAUACAUUCUCCGCGUCGACGAGCUAUUUGGUGGCGUCAUGGACGACAAUGACAUUGCAGACGUACCGCGACAGCGGCUGAGGGACCGUCUGAAUCCCAUGGAACACUUUAACAACAGCGAAUUUCUCGCACGCUAUCGGUUCACGAAGUGUACUGUGAAGAAGCUGCUGGACUACCUUCCACUUGAAGAGAACGCCAGCAACCGUGGUCACCCUCUUCCACCAAUGCUCCAACUUCUUAUCGCUCUACGAUUUUAUGGAGCCGGCACAUUCCAAGUUGUGACGGGUGAUCUAGUGAACGUGUCGCAACCGACGGUGAGCCGCGUCAUCGAACGUGUGUCACGGCUAAUUGCUACGCACGUGUUCCCGAUCGUCGUGAAGUUUCCGAGCACCGAUAACGAGUUCCGUGCGACGAUGGUGGAAUUCUACCGUAUUGCCAAGUUUCCCGAGUUGACCGGGUGCAUAGACUGCACCCACAUCCGCAUCAAGUCGCCGGGUGGGCCGAAUGGUGAAGUUUACCGCAAUCGGAAGGGUUACUUCUCCAUUAAUGUACAGGUAAAUUGCUAUACCUCUUUUUUUUCUUUACUACGGCAGCAAUAA